UACUCGAGGAGUUCGCGCGUGUAUAAUAGGAAAUAAAGGUGAUGGUUUAUAGUUGGAAUGAUUUAUUGCAUUUACCGAUUAUGUAGAAUGUAAAUCAACUGAGAAAAUGAAUAUCUGCUGAAAAAUGACAAGGAAUGUCAAACGAUACGCCGACAUCUGGACCUACGAUUUUUUUAAAUUAUUCGGAUGCAAGCGCCAAGCCAUCUACGCAAUAUCUUUCGAACUACGGCAACUACAUUCAACACAUCGCUUUAGCAAUCCUCCUCACCAUCGUUAUUUUGAUCGUUAUUUUAGGAAACACGCUCAUCAUUUUGGCAGUAAUAACGACAAGAAGAUUACGAACAGUUACCAACUGUUUCGUUAUGUCGUUGGCUGUAGCCGAUUGGUUAGUUGGAAUUUGUGUCAUGCCUCCAGCAGUAGCCUACGCAUUAAUUGGUGUGUGGGAGCUUGGCUGGAUCCUCUGCGAUAUAUGGAUAUCGCUCGACGUUUUACUGUGCACCGCCUCGAUUCUUAGUUUAUGUGCAAUUAGUAUCGAUAGAUAUUUCGCCGUAACUCAACCACUAAGGUAUUCAAGAAAUCGAAGAUCAAAAAGACUCGCAUUCGGAAUGAUUCUCAUAGUAUGGAUCAGCUCUCUACUUAUAACUUGUCCUCCGAUAUUUGGAUGGUAUGAACAUGGCAAACAUAACGGAAAAAUUUGUCGAUAUAACAAAAACACAGGAUAUGUCAUCUUUUCCGCCAUGGGAUCUUUCUUUAUACCAAUGGUAGUAAUGAUCUACGUCUACAUUAAGAUUUCUUGUGUUGUAGCACAAAGACAUGACCAGCUCGCUCACGUUGAUACAUCUCAUCCUCGAAAAAAUCAGAAGUUAAUUUACAACACAAAGGAAGAAUCUGAUUUAGAUAGGGGCUCCUCGGAAUGUGAAGAUACUAACUUGAGAGGUCAAAGCAACCAUUGUCCUGAAUCACCGCAUCACAACGUACAAGCAAAGAAGCAACCAAUAGUUCAGUCUAGAUCCUUUCGAUCUAAUUACUCGUUCAACCAUACCAACGACUCUUUACCACCAACUCAAACGGCAAGUUUAUACAGGAGUAAUUUCCCAUUGCGACAAUCCAGACCGGAAAGUCUAACAUUAGAUACUUCCGUAUUGAAUUUCGAACCAGCUUCUAGAGUGUCUUCCUUUAGAAGAGAGACUAAAACUGCGCAGACUUUAAGCAUUGUCAUCGGUGGUUUCAUCGCCUGCUGGUUACCAUUUUUUAUUUUUUACGUAUUAACACCAUUUAUAAACACUAAUGAAGUCAAUACUUUAAUUAUGUCUUAUUUAACUUGGUUGGGUUGGAUAAAUUCAGCCAUAAAUCCUUUUAUAUACGCAUUUUAUAGUCCCGAUUUCCGACUGGCUUUUUGGCGGUUGACUAUUAGGCAUUUUACAAAGAAUAAUAGACAAAAUAUGGCGAUGCAGCAAAAAUAAGUCACUGGGAAAAUGCGCGAAUGUUUCUACCUCACGAAAGUUACAGAAAUAGAGAAAAAACUGAAGGUACCAUAUUUUAUAAAAUACUGUAUAUUGUACAGUUUAACUAAUAAUGGGCGCCCUUAGUUGAUAUGUGCUGUAACAAGAAUUAUAAAACAACGUACAGGUGUUGAAUAAAGAAGGUUUUUGAAACUAGCACUUAUAUCAUGAAAUAUGAAUGAUAGAUAAACGAGAAAUAUUUUUAUUGGUUACCUAUUUGUGUAAAGUACGUAAAUCCACUGUUAAUGUUUAGAACUUUCCAUACCAACAUCGUAAAGUCUAUUCUAACUAACUUUUAUAAAGUCAUAUGAGAGUAUUGUUCAAUGAUGGAAUAAUGAUGUCUAUUACUCAUGAGAAUAAUAUUUGCACCUCAAUUGUAGCUUUCCAGAUAUCUUCUUAAUGUAACAUCACAUGGUAGGCAGCAUCGAUUGAAGCAGUACGACCUCAGUCGAUAAAUACAAUAAAAGAUUUAAACUUUUGUAUAAAAUAAACUUGAAACAAACCGAAUAUAUCAGUUUUUUAUUAAAACUAUUAGUGAAAUUGAAUGCAACCAAAUUAGUUUCUUGUUAACACAUUCAUCGCCGUGGGGUUACCGGUGACCGGCGUUUGAUGAUGAUUUCAAUUGCGCAAUGGGGGUCACGGGUGACCGUCAAAAUUUACCUUACUUUGAAAUAACCUAGAAAGCUACCGGGCACAUUUUAUGUGCGUUUUAUUAUUUUGGGUGACCGGCAUGGCCCCUUUGUAUGUUCCUGUAGAUUGGCCUGAAUAUAUAUUUUGAAAAUAUGAUAAUAUAGGUUCCUAUAGUAUAUACUUUGAAAAAAUAACAUUUUUAAUAUUCUUUCAUAAACGUUUAAGCUUUAAUCUUAGACUACUACAAACAUAUUUACAUAAACAGAAAUCAAUGUUUUGAUCAAUAACGAUGUUUUUUGUUGAAACACGACAAACAGUAGUGGGGUUGGGAAAGGCAUUCAGGGCAGUAAGUUGCUACUUUUUUUAUUUUAUUUUUUGCGUACUUUCUGUCAUGUGAUAACAUGCAUUACACCAUUUUCCAGUCAUCCUCACUGGACCAUCUUUACGUUUCAGCUGAUGUUUAAUCCGUAUGGGUCUUGAAGUAGUUACUAUUUCUGUGUGACUUGUUUCUGUACAAAGAUAAGACACUGUUUUAUGCAAAAUCAUUACAUUUACAAGAGCAGUGUUUAGAAGCAAUUCUACAGCUAAUUUCUUAUACCAUUUAAUUAAUUUUCUCAAUGGCGAUGAAUAAGCAGUCAUUUGAUCCAACAAAUCAAUAGCACCUUUGGUUUCGUUAUAAACAGUAACAAUUUUAGGUUUGUACUUUUGUUGACCUUUUUUUAUUAACAGCUCUCACGAACUUUGUGGAAUGUUUUGUGGAUAAUAAUAAAACAUCGCGUUUUUCUUUCCACUUCAAAAUAGUUACACCUUUUUCAUUUUCAAGAGCCUUGCACUCUCCAGGUUUCAAUUUGGCAUGUACCACUUCCUUUGGUACAUUAUUUCUUUUUUUUUUUUUUUCUAAUUGUUUCCACCAAGUGCAUGCCCCUUUCUAGCAGCUUUUCAGCUAAGUCGACGCUAGUAUAACCAGUUGUCUGUAAAUAACGUAUGUCCUUUUUAGAACAAUUUUUCACACAAUUUCAUAACAACAUUUGUUGGCGUUGUGUUUACAGUGUCACAAUGCUUACCAGCAUAUAUAUCCAGGUUAUAUGUAUAGCCAGGAUCAGUACAUAAUUUAAAUAAUUCUAUACCGUAUUUGAGCCGUUUUUAUUUUGUUAUACUGCCUGAAAAUUAUGCGUCCUCGAAAAGGCACCAUACUUUCAUCAACACAGACAGACUGAUUGGGAGUGUAAUAUCGCUGAAAAUUGGUAUUAAUUGCAUUAAGCAAUGGCCUUAUCUCAUUCAAACGAUCAAUAUGAUUAGCCUCUUCAUUAUUUACGAAAUGAAGCUUACGUAAUAAUAUUUCAAAUCUGUUCCGCGUCAUUGUUGUUUUGGCAAAUUUUUGACCAAAUAAUUGGAUUUGAAUAGUCACUCACAUUAGGUAAUUUUACUAGGCCCAUAUAUAACAUUAGACCAAAAAAACCUUUAAUUUCAUUUUUGUCCGAUGCUUUCCAUUCACGUAAGCAAGAGUGUUUUCGAAGUGUAUUAUCUUGAACGCUCUUGUUCAGAUCGCAAAUUUGUUUGAAAAGCUGUGAUCUCAACAAGUUCAUCUAGUACUAACAAAGCAUAAAAAUCUUCCGGCUCGGAAUUGAUCAUUGAAUUUCUUAAGCUAAUUGGUUUCGUACCUGGAAAUUCCGUAAAUGGAAUCAUGCUCUGCUGCCGACCUCUACAUUCCAACCAUUUUGUUUUAUUUUUAUUAUUUUCUGAUGUGGAUGGUUGUAUGUUGUCAUCCUCACUUUCACUCUCUGAUAAAAGACAGCGACAUUUCUUGUUUCUUAUUUGGAUCACUGAUGAAUCGUUGCUGUCAGUAGAGGACCGCAGAUUCCUAUAAUAUUGUGAUUCGAUUUCAUUCAGUCGUGAAAGCACGUUUUCUUCAAAAUUAAUGUCAUCAAAUUCCAUUUUUGACUAUUUUAUACCUGCCUCUAUAAAAUACGAACGUUGAACGUUGUAGGGUUUACUAGAUACUAAAGCAGUUGGCGCCACAACCUGUCUCCCACUACCUAAAUACGCGCUUUUCGUUGAGUCAGAUGUGUGUCCGGCAACGUGACCGAUCCGGCUCAAUGUAAUGAAAUUAUUCCAGUGGCGCCGUGACGGGCAUCCGUGACCGCCUAUUAAUAAAUUUUGUUUUUUUUUUUGAAAAAAAGUAUACAAAUAAUGAAACAUUUAUUUUAAUUCACCUUCCGGACCAUAAUAAACUUAAAAUUGAGUACAUAUUACCAUUUUAGCCAUUUCUAUUAAAAAUCAAGGGCGAUGAAUGUGUUAAGUGUGUAUGCGUCUAACGUUUUUAGACUGUCAGAUUGUGAUAAUAAAAAGUACGUUUAAUUCCAUACCAUAACUACGCAAUAUUCUUUAAUGGUAGCGGAGCAUGGAUCCGUUGGUGAAAUGUCAAGAAAGUGAAAAAACAUCAAUCAGAAAAA